AGUCCCCACUUAACACAAAAGCGCAAUGCGUCAGUACGGAACAACGUUUUGACAUUUAUUUUAAUUUUAAAUUUAGUUUUAUUUUUAACUUAAAAUGUGACGUAAUAAAAGUGGCCAGUUACAAUGAGUGCAUAUUUUUCCUACAGACGACCUAAAAUGGAUUACGGUAGCAAAAGGAUACCAGAUUAUACUGAAUUGGCCUACAAAGAGGCGGUCUCGAAACUCAGAUAUUUCUUAUCUGGUAGUGCUCCGAGCGUACGUAGUUACGGUGGAUCAGCAUCAAUCAAGAACUUGGAUGAAUCCGACGGAGAUUUAGAUAAGAAGUAUUCGGCUUACACCGGCUUAAACGAGUAUAAGCCGCGGCCGCGACUCACAGCUAAAUAUACCACGUUGUACGCUGACAGUUUGAAUAACUAUACACCAAAAGUAACUACGACUCCACAACCAGCACCGCAAGCUCCGGCCCCCGAUCUAUCCGGCGGUACCAACCCUGACGUCGUCAAUUUCAUACAGAAGCAAGAAGAGUACAUUGAACAACUGGAACGUGAAUCACAGUACUGCAGGGAUGAACUCAAUAACCUUUUAGGUAAGGUAAAGGAGGUGAUAUCGGAGAACGAACAUUUACACGAGGCGCAGAAGAACAAGAUUAUCUCGCGCAUGUUCCACUACGAUUCAGAAACGGAUGAACUGGAAGACGUCGGGGACAGCACGGGCUUGGAUAGUGAUAAUAAGGCAACUCCAUCUAAGUCCCGUCGCGCUAAACCACGCGCCACAAAGUUGGAAGGACCAAACAUCGUGUUCGAAUCGCGGAUCGCGGAAUUAGAAGCCCAACUGACGCAAGCAAAGAUCGAUCUGAAGAAAAUACAGGAUGAAAACAACGAGAACAAACGAAAGCUGGCCUCUGGUCUCGUCGAUUCCACUUGUCUCGACGGAUUCAAGAGACAGAUUGAUAAUUUGCAAAGAGAUAAAUCAACAUUGGAAGCUCAGAUCGCCAAGUUGAAGACGAACUUGGAACAGAAGGAUAGCGACGGCGAGGGUCGCUACAAGCGGUCUGAUGUAGUGGAACACCAGCUCAGAGAGGAGAGGAACAACUUGGAAGCUGAAGUACGAAGAUUGAAGGAUGAUUUAGCUAAAGAGAGAAGCAAGAUACGUGAGCUGGCGGGCGAGGGAGCAAGACGGGCGAUACAGGAGCGCAAUUCCGCAGAACAGCGUUAUAAUGCGCAUUUUGAUGAGUUACAGCACGAUCUUGCAGCUCAGUAUGACAAUGUCGCCAAGUUACAGUUGGAGUUGGAUCGUCAGCGCCGUGAGGAAAGUGAUCUGAAACGAGAGAUAUCAAUGAAGAAUGCGAAUAUUGAAGAACUUAAAAUGGAACUUAAAAACAAAACAGCAACACUUCAAGCCGAUUUGGCCCAGGCUAAUGCAGAAAAAGCAUCCCUUGAAGAGGAAUUGGCCAACGCACGUUUGGCUAUAGAGCGUCAACAGAGACAGGCGAAGCAUGAAACCAAUCGACUCAAUUCCGAGAUUCAAUCACUCCGUCAGCGUCUAGACCGCGCUGAUGCUGAUCUGGUACACUCUCGUCGUGAGAACUUACGUCUCUCUGAACAAAUCUCUACAUUGGAAAAGGAGUUAAAUAUGAAAAGUUUGACACCGAUAUCUCCGGAGAAGAAUAAAAAAGAGAAGGAACUAUCAACAAUGCUGGAGUCCAUGGAAAAUAAACAUGCUAAAACCGUGGCUGAGUUGGAGACCAUGAUACAAUCACAAAACAGUCUGAUGGAGAAACUCACCGGCGAAUGUCGUUUGCUUACAGACAAGCUCGACGACGCAAAUCGUAGGCACAAAGGAGAAAAGACACAUUUGCUUUGCAGGAAUGUGGAACUUAUGAGGAAACUUCGAAACCUUUGGUCUUCUCAUAAGAAAUAUUGCACCACCCUACCACCUUAUAGAAGUUACACGCCAUUAAGUGGUUAUCCAAAUAGCAGAUCAUCUUAUGAUUUAGAUCGCACCUACUAUACUUCGACACCUAACACAUAUAGAAAUAGAUUUAGAAGAUUGGACGAUGAACUAAACUCAGCUAGAGAUAUUAGUAAUUUGACGAGUAAUUUCAGCGAUCUAUCAAUUGAUAAAAUUAUUGAUUCUGAUGAUGAUCAGUUAAAGGCAAGAACUGGCAACUCUGCAGCGUCAAGUAGAGAUGCUCGGUCGCUCGCUGCGAACGAACGUCACGACUGCACCUAGCAAUUAUCAAGCACCUUCCCCGCACACUACCACAACCAACCGGACUACACCAUAUCCCACAGCCGAUACCCGACGAGACAAUACCGGAGAUGACUCCACCGGACACGCCACGCUCCAACAACAGCCGACUGAGCAACCGGACAGACUUGUCAGUGAUAACGACCAAACAACAAGAGUAGAAGAAGACAGCCAUCAUAUCAUAGAAGACACACAGAAAGCACAACCAAGCUCACAAGAAGAAACUAACACACAUGAACAAAUAAAUCAAAUUAUCACACAUCAAACAAAUGAAGAAAUAAACAACACAAAUGAACAAAUCGAACAACCUACAGAAGUCCAUGAACAACUAGAGAAUAAAAAUUAUACAGAUGAAAAUUAUGAACAAUACGAUCAAAAUUAUGAACAAACCCCAUCUAAUACAGAAUAUAAUCAAGAAGAAUAUGAACAAAAUCCAAACCAAAACGAACAGAAUUUAGAACAAACUUAUGUAGAACCUCAGUAUGAAAAUUACGAACAAUACCCACAGCAGUACGACAACCAAUUUGAAAAUUAUCCACCUGAAGGUAACUAUCAAGGGGAAACUUAUGAAGAUCAGCAAUAUGCUCAAGAAUAUCCUACAGAAUAUGAGGAAGUCAACCCUCAAGAAGAAACAAUAGAUUCAAACCCCGUACAAGAAGAAUUAACAGAAAAUAUAUCCAAACACCCGGAACUUGCAUCACAAGAUGUGAAACAAGACAAUUCUGAUAGCAAAAGUCCAACUAAAAUUGAAGUUAAUAAAAGUUAGCAAUUGAUUUAGUUUGAAUUAAUUUCAUUUGUGCAAUAUUUGUUAUUACUUAUGUUUGCUUUUUUAGUUUAUGAAAUUGUCACAAAUCUUAUAAAAUGUGAUAGAAAUAAAUUAGUG